AGAACAAAACCGGAUUUGGAGACGGAGCACUGCGUCCUUAAUAUAUCCAUCAGUUAUUAGGACGCAGGUCUCUGCUGGGUCCUUAUGGGAAACUGAGAGCGGCAGAGAUACCAGCGGCCUGUAGCCCGGUGCGGCUGAUAUAUGCAAGUUUCCAGGAGGGGAGAGGUGGAUUAAAAAAAACUUGAAGGUACGGUUUAUAGUAUGGUGCGCUCAUAGUCCGGAAAAUACGGUAAUUGGUCUUAAAAGAUUUUUUUUGAAAACGAAUUAUCUGCAAAUAAUCCCAUCUUUGAGUGUCUGCAGUAGUAGUGACUAGUGGCGUAGUCAUGUAAUUUUAUUAUCACUAGAUGGCAGUAGGUACAGAGCAUUUUACAUUAAAACAAGAGAAUUAGUGACGCAUGACUGUUACUAGAAUAUGGCAAAAAAAUAUGGCAAACCUUCUAAUAAGCCUACUAUUUCUAUUAAAUAUUCUAACAAAUAUAUUAUUCAGUCAUUUCUGGAUGAAUCGAUUUUUCUGAUUAAUUGUAAAUUGUGAUAUUUCUAAACAGUGCUGCUAUCUCGCCAGAUCCCUCUUGAAAAAGAGAUUAUAGAUCUCGGCUAGGUUUAAUCUGGCUUUAGAUGUCUAUGGUAUGGUCUAUGGACGUCUAUGUGCAAGUUGAAUAGAUGAAUUAAAAAAUCACUCUACCACUGUAAAUUCAUGAGCGCUUUCAGAAAGAUAAAUGUAUGAAGAAUUCAUAGAAGAUUAGUAAGAGCUAAAUCGGGUAUUGGAAAAAGUAUCUGCCCAGUUUUUUUUUGGUCACUUGGUUAAUAUUUUGUUCCAAUUACUGCCUAACAUGAGAUUAUUACUCAAGUUAAAGACAGAUUUUUUUGUCUUAAUUUUUUUUGUGAGCUCAUGCUACUGUAAAACAUUGCAUAUUUAUGGGUUGCCAUUUGACUGGCUGGGAAUAGAAAUGUGGGAGGGGAAAAAGCAUGGGGUGGGAGAAAGAUGAGAAUUAGAAUAAUCCCAUGUCUUGUUAGCUGUCUUGUUAAAUAACACCCAUGGUGACAAUCUUAAAAUAAUAUUAAUAAUAAUGACAAGAAAACUAUUGAAUCUGGCAUGUAGUUAUUAAAUUAGAAUUGAGUACUGAACUUAAGGAUUGCUUUUCUGUUAUUCGAUUUAUGAAAUUGUAAAAAGUAAAAAAUAAUGACUUUUGGAAUAAUGUCUGUUAUUUGAGAUAAACUAACAGGGUGGCUGUUCUGCUAAUGUGUAGGGAUGGCAAUGGGUAUCUUUCUGUCAUUAAAAUUUGAGGGACAGCUUAAUUAUAUGUAUUAUUGUUAUUGCUCCUUUCUACUCAUCAAAUUUUAUUUUAUUUUAUUUUUUUACAUUUUUUAAAAUUAAAUCAGGAAGAAUAAAACUUUGUAUGAAUUAGUCCAAAAUGGCAAACAAUGGUAUUAUAUUAGGCUGUGGCCACAAUUUUAUUUUUCUCUCAUGCCACCAGAGGGGCUCCGUAGGAAACAAAUUAUUAAAUGUUGAUUUUUGUAUUUACUAAUUUGUUAUAAGUCCAUAUGUUUAAUUGUUUUUGUAGUUUCUAAACAUCUGACCUAAUUUCACUUUAGGCAUUUCUAAUGCCAUUUAAACAAGGAAGUAAUGAACACAAAAUAUCAGAAUUAUUAACGUGACAAUUUUUAUGUUGUCAUAUUAAAAUGUUGAUAGACUAAACGAAUUACUGCGAUUGGUGCUUCGUGACCUAUAUUGAGAACUCAACAUAAAUUUUUUGGAUUUUUUUUUUUUUUUUUUUUUUUUCCAGAAGCUUUUCUUUUGAAGUCUUAAACCUGAAGCGUCCGGUCUCGCUCCGCGCUGCUCCGUUUUUCCUGUGCGGAUGUAGUUCCAACGGUGACACGCAGGUGGUGAUGGGGCCGAUGUCCGCGCGGAGCGAUCUCCGCAGCUACAAAGAGACGAUAUGCUUUUAGCCGGGAAAUCCCAUUACAGGGGGUACACGCUUUAAAAUGGUUGAAACAAAAGCGUGAGAAGCUCCAGACCAGCCUUUCAGAUUGCAGCGACACGUUUUUCCAAAAUCCGACCUGGCUGUUUGCCGUAACUUUUAGCGGAUUCACUGGCCAGCCGCGGGGGAAAUGGAGAAGAAAAGGUGGGAUUGCUCUGCUCUCCCCAAAGGCUGGAAAAUGGAAGAAGUGACCAGAAAGUCGGGUUUGUCAGCUGGGAAAAGCGAUGUCUAUUAUUUUAGCAGAGGAGAAGAGCAAGAUGAGGAACAGAGGCAAGACAGGGGGGAGGCGGGUCGGUUGUAUAGCUUGUGUCCAUCUGGGAAGAAGUUUAGGAGCAAGCCUCAGCUGGCCCGUUACCUCGGUAACCAGAUGGACCUCAGCUCCUUUGAUUUUCGCACGGGGAAGAUGCUGAUGAGCAAACUGAACAAGAACCGCCAGAGACUGCGUUACGACAACAACAACCAGAACAAGGGCAAACCUGACUUAAACACAUCGCUGCCGGUAAGACAGACGGCCUCCAUUUUCAAGCAGCCUGUUACAAAGGUUACCAACCAUCCCAACAACAAAGUGAAGACGGAUCCUCAGAAAGCCGUCGAUCAGCCCCGACAGCUUUUCUGGGAGAAAAAGCUCAGUGGUCUUAACGCGUAUGACAUCGCAGAGGAGCUGGUGAAGACGAUGGAGCUGCCUAAAGGCCUGCAGGGUGUCGGGCCGGGCUGCACGGACAAAACGCUCCUGUCGGCCAUAGCGAGCGCCCUGCACACGAGCGCCGCUCCGAUCACGGGCCAGCUGUCUGCGGCGGUGGAGAAGAACCCAGGCGUGUGGCUGAACACCGGCCAGCCGCUCUGCAAGGCGUUUAUAGUCACAGACGAGGACAUCCGGAAACAGGAGGAGCUGGUGUACAGCGUCAGGAAGAGGCUGGAGGAGGCGCUGAUGGCCGACAUGCUGGCCCACGUCGAGGAGGCCGCCAGCGAGGGGGAGCCCCCGAAGGACGAGGGCAACGGCAGCGAAGACAUGGAGACCGUAUAGCACAGGUUUGCUGUGAAGACCGAUUGGACUCAUUCACCUCCGCCCCCCUCAUCGUAAACACGAGUGUUAACCGUAGGAUUUAUAUUCCAGUGCGGCGCUGAAGAACUGUCCUUUAGUGUCCAGUCUAGGCGUCCACUCACUCCAGAAGACCCUCGGCCGGCCGUUUUAUUACCACCCGUGAUCGUCUCCAAGUGGGCCUCCGUGACUGUAUUUUAGAGCGCAGAUGAUUUUUAAUUAGUAAAGCAGACAACUAUGAAUGACUUAAAUAUUCAAUAUAAUUUCCUUACAAUGUGUCAAAGAUGAGUGUUUAGUGUUAAAUGUAUUUUUUACUAAAAUGUCUCGGAUGGAUUUGUGGGUUUUUUUAUUUUUAUUUUUUUUGCGACAAUCAUGUCAGAUCCAAAUGGUUCAGGUCAGCAGACAGCCGGCGUGUUUGCCCCCCCGUUUAUUUCGGGCACCUUUUGAGGCGAAUGUUUUUUGUACUGUACUGCAUCUGUUUUUGGAAAUUUAAAGUGAACUGUCUCAGCUCAUCUUGUCAUAUUUUGUAUUUAAAUGUCUUGUUGAAAUCAUGCUCAGUGUUGGUUAGAG